UUUAACGCUGAGGAAGAAAGAAAAUUUGUUUUCAGAAUGAAUCAGACAUUCUGUUAAGACAAGCAGUAAAAGUUGUUGUCUCGUAACAUCGGUUGAUUACAACUUUCAUUAUAAUUCGAAAUUAAGACAAAUCUCGUUUUAAUUUUUUUCUUCGUGUAAAGUUUGUUAGAUUUUUAACUCAAUUGAGAGUGAAAGUUUAAAAAUCUAAGCAAUAAUGUUUUAAAUCAAUCGAGAAAUGAACUUGUAACAAUACGAUGCAAAUAAUUGUCUUUAUGUGUAGAAAUCACAUUGUAAAUUAUUGAUUUCCGGUUGUCUUGUACACAUUACACACUUAAAUACAUUUAGAAUAAGGAAUAAUGUUUCUUAUAAAGGAAAGAAAAAAUCAAAAUCACGUGUCUCUUUCUUCGUUAGCGCCUUAUUGAUCAUAUUGCAUUAUAUACAAGAAGAAGAAGAAGAAGAAGAUAAUAUCGUGAAAUAAAAUCUUAUGCACAACGUGAUCAUAUCGAAAAUCAAAUAUGAACGGAUUUAGCACAGGCGAAGAAGAUUCUAGAGGUGCAACGGAUCAAAUCUGUUGUCUUGUUGACGAAGGUGAACGAUGUUCUCGUCCAGCUGGCAAUGCUUCUUACAGCAAAAGAAUACAAAAGACUGUAACUCAACGACGCCUCAAACUUAAUUUGGAUCAAAUGGCACGUCACAUAUAUAUUUGUGAUUAUCACAAACAAGUUAUACAAUGUGCAAGAUCUAAACAACAGCAACAACGUAGACGAAAAGAUUCGGAAGAAGAUUCAGGUGAAACUGAUAAUGAUCUUCCAGAAGUGGAUUUAUUUCAAUUACAAGUUAGUACUUUAAGACGCUAUAAACGGCACUACAAAAUUUCUACUCGACCAGGCCUAAACAAAGCUCAAUUAGCUGAUACAAUUAUGAAACAUUUUAAGACUAUUCCUGUAAAUGAGAAAGAUGCCUUAAGUAUUUUCAUUUUCACAGUUAAAACCAAUGCUAAUAAAUUGGAUCAAAAGAACGGUUUAAGCAACGAUACAACGUAGCUAAGGAGAAAUAUUCACGAUCAAUCAUUAUUGUAAUAUUAGUCAAGAAGAAAAGCGUACAUGUGUGAGUUUUCACUUGUUAAUAAGUAUUUUAUAAGAGUUGUGUAUACUAUGUAUAAAAUUUCUUUUAACAACA